GUUCCAAAAUUGAUUGACUUUCUCCUAAUUUGUCUGUUAUCAGGUAUAGGCAUGUCGCCAUCGAACCCUCAAUUUUUGAAGUCCCUUGUUUUCCUCGCCCUCCUCUCUCUCUCUCUCUCUCUCUCCAAUACACUGGCACCCAUAAUAAGUAAAGGACAUGCUCCAUCCACUUCUCAGUUUUGAAGUUCACCAUUAAUCUCUCUCUCUCUCUCAGUUUUAUAGUUCUCUCUAUCUCGUACUGACGCCCAAAUGUAUCUCAGUCCUUCUCUAAGAGUUAUGCGUUCUGCAACUCUCCAACCACUAUGUCGAUUUGCUUGCCUUCCUCCUUCGAAAUUUAUCCUCAAUAACAAGCAAUCAAUAUCGAAACGCCUGUCCUUUCUUGGAUAUGAGAGACAAAGACAUCGAUGCGUUGUGGGGCAUAAAUGGAUCCAAGUCUCAGCCAUGGGAGAGGAUUCAUUUGAAAUGGAUUGUUUUGAUAAUUGGGAUGAUAAUGAGGGAACUUCCUUGGGAAAUUCCUAUUUGUGGUCUUCGAGUGAAGGAGAGGAAGAGAGUGAUACAGAAUUGCUUAUAAAUCCAUCGGGGGAUGUGGAUUUGCCUCGCAAGAGAGUUAGGUGGUUAGGGCCUGAUUCAGCUUUGACCACAACUGCCCACCGGGUUGCGACUCUCCAAAGUGGAGGAGGAAAGAACAGGUAUGCUAUUGUUUUGAUAUCGGCCUCCAAUGCAUACGGAGAUUUCUUUCUUGGAAAGAACUUAAGGGGUGUGGAUAAUGGUUUGGCUCUUUCAAAGAUGACUUGUUGGGAUAACAGAUGCCAUGUUUUUGGGUGUGGCACUGGGGUUUUGAUUAAUAUAGGAUUGUUAGUCUCUUUGCUAUUGUUUCUGUUAGUAGUGGACUCAUGUGCAUGGCGGAUCAUUCGGAUACCAUUGGAACCAUUUCUUUUAACAUAUCCAUUCUGUAUAUCAGCGGUUUUGGCAACAUGUCUAGGUUUUGUAUGUGUUCCAUUACUUAGAAGUUUCAAGAUUCAUCAAAUAUUACGGAAAGAAGGGCAGGCUAUGCACUUCAUUAAGAAGGGAACUCCUACAGUUGGUGGAUUGUUUUUUAUUUCAGUUGGGGUCAUAGUUACCAGAACUGUUGCUGGUUUCUCUUCAGUUGAAGUUUUUGGGGCAACAACUGCAACUCUUGCCUUUGCCGCAAUUGGUUUACUUGAUGACCUCUUAAUCCAUUGUAAGGGUCAAAAUUAUAGGCUACGUGCAGGGUUGAAGCUUGUCUUACAGGUUGCUGUUGGCGCCGGAUUUUCCUUUUGGUUCGAUUCCACAAAUAUAUUGUCACCCUACGGCAUGAAAAUGUUGGUACCUCUACCGCCACCUCUGGGACUCAUAUAUUUGGGGAAGACCUACUUAAUAUUUUCUGUAUUCUGCUUUGUUGCUAUGUCGAAUGGUGUUAGCUUGACAGAUGGCCUUGAUGGCCUGGCUGGAGGAGCUGCUGCUUUUGCAUUUGUAGCGUUAUCUGUUGCUAUUCUCCCAUUAUGUUCUGAUCUUUCCAUCUUUGGAGCAUCCAUGGCUGGGGCUUGUAUGGGUUUUCUUAUGCAUAAUCGGCACAAGGCAUCUUGUUUUAUGGGUGAUACUGGUUCCUUGGCACUAGGUGGAGGGUUAGCUGCCAUGGCUGCUUGUACAGGGAUGUUUUUCCCACUCUUUAUUUCAUCCGGCAUCUUUGUCAUUGAAGUAUCAUCUGUUAUGGCACAGAAUGCAGUCUCAGUUCUGUUUUCGAUUGGAAAUGUCCAAGGCGGCAAGGCUAGAGGAGUCAUUUGGGACUUGUUUCAGCCACACAUGUGGUGAUUUUGAGUUUCUUCACAUUGUUGUAAUGCUGUAAUUUAUAUUUUAAGUGCUACAUUUAUGUGCUCAUAUGAGCUUGUUAUGUUAAAAUUUUAAAUUGUACACCCUAGCUACUCUAUAGUCUUAAAGCUUUCAUUGGUACAAGACGGGCCUAUAGAGCCCCAUUUUCUGUUCAAUUUAGUCUGUUCAAUUUAAUCUAUUCAAUUUAGUGUGUCUUAGAGUGUCUUGAAGUCUCUUGUUACUAAGGACUGUUGCUGCCGCUAAUGUAAUUUUGGUGGAAUUGCUCAAAGAUGACGAGUUUAUUGGCCAAAAUACUUCACAUGGAGGUAGAAGGUUGUCUGUGUGAUCCACAUUGAGCAACUCACGCCCUUAAUCACCCAAUGCCCACCACUGCAAACCUGUGCUAAUACUGCGCAAGUCACAAGGGAAGUCUGAUGUGGGAGGCAAAGAAUAUUUGGGCUAAGAAAACCAUUUUGGCUACUACGGCGAUUAAUUAUGCUAGGGAGUAUGAAACUUGCCGAACGGCCAAUGAGAUUAUGGACAAGUUCAAGAGAGUCUUUACUCAUCCUUCUUUGAGCUGUAAGGUCAUGGCAUUGAAGAGGUUGUGGACUACGUAGGCAAGAGGGCUCAAAACUUGCGCACGAUGUGCAAAAUUUCAAGCUCAUGGUUUGUGACCUUUGAAGGAGCUGAUAUCAGUUUUGAUGACUCCCUUCAAGCAUGUCUGAUGACUCCCUUCAAGCGUGUCAACUUAUCACCACCUUGCUGCCAUCAUGGGAUCGCUUCUCUUCUACUAUCACCACCCGGGACACUACAAUUACAUUUGAUGUGCUCAUCAGGACCCUCUAAGCUAAGGCAGAGAGGGGCUUGGCAUGACCCAGUCCACCUGGUAAACUCUCAACCUUCCUUUCAAAGUUCUAAGAAAAGGGGGCAAGCUAACGGGAGGCUAAGGGGAAGGCUAAGGUGGUUGAGCCUCACCCUAAGGCACAUGAACCACCUAACCCUCCUCCUAGGCCAAAUCAAAACAAAGUAGGCUCACUUAGGAAGGAUUCUAGUAAGGGUUAAUGUUUCAGUUGCAAGAGAUAUAGGCAUACUAUUCGAUAUUGCGAGGCUAAUCCUCAACUUGACACUGGAGAGCGACCCACAACGCUGGUGCCAAUGUUAGGAAGGAGAGGGCGUGUAUGGUCUUUGAGACUUUGUUUGUCGACGGGCAAGGGCC